UUGUACAUUUGUGACACUCUAGAGGAAGAUCGAUUACCAGGAAUCAGUGUUUCGCAUACUCCCUCAAUCAUCCUCAUAUAUCAUUCAUUUCCAAAAGUGUAUUAUCAAACAUCGCUUGUUUUUGUUUGUGGUUGAUUGAGUAAGGAUGGAGAAAUUAGAAGUUUACGUCUUCACAGCUCUGUGCAGCAUUAACUUUCUCAUAUCCUGUCUUCUGUUCUCCAAAAUCACACGGGAACAGAGAGAUCCUUACAUGGAUGAGAUAUUUCAUGUUCCUCAAGCCCAGAAGUACUGUGAGGGGAAGUUUAAUGAGUGGGAUCCUAUGAUCACCACUCUUCCUGGGUUGUAUCUGGCAUCAGUGGGUCUGAUCAGGCCGGUGGUGUGGCUAGCGGAUCUGAAGGGCAGUGUGGUCUGCUCCACUGCCAUGCUGAGAUUCAUCAAUCUACUCUUUAAUAGUGGGAAUCUCUACAUAAUCUAUCUGAUCAUCUGCAGACUGCACAUGAAAGAUAAGUCCCGUUCUGCCACUCGUAGAAUAUUCUCAGCCCUGGUUCUGUCCACGUUCCCAGUGCUGUACUUCUUCACGUUCCUGUAUUACACUGAUGCUGGCUCCACAUUCUUCACCCUCUUCAUGUACCUCAUGACUCUGUAUGGAAGCCACAAAGCAGCCGUGCUUCUUGGUGUCUGUGCCGUCCUCUUCCGCCAGACCAAUAUCAUCUGGGUGGUGUUCUGUGCUGGCACUGUGGUGGCUCAAAAAAUGGACGAGAGCUGGUGGACUGAACAGUCAAAGAAGCACGAUGAAAAGUCACCCUUUCACGUCCCUCUAACCAUCAAUGGGACAAUGAAAGUGAUGCGUUUCCUGUUGGAAUUCUUCAAAACGCCCAACAAUAUAAAAGCUGUAGUCUUGUCAACAUGGCCAUAUAUUGCUGCAGCUGUUAUUUUUGCGGUAUUCGUUGUGUUGAACGAUGGAAUUGUGGUUGGAGAUCGUAGUAGUCAUGAAGCAUGUCUGAACUUUCCUCAGAUUUUCUACUUCCUGUCAUUUACUCUUCUAUUUUCUCUUCCUACAUCGCUGAGUUACCAAAGGGGAGUCAGGUUUCUACAAUCUUUAAGAAAGCAGCCCUUAAUUUAUGCUGUACUGAUGACGUUUUUCCUGUUUUUGGUCUGGAAAUUCACAUUUGUUCACAAAUACCUGCUUGCUGACAAUAGACACUUUCCAUUUUACGUUUGGAAAAGGAUUUUCCAGAGACAUGAGUUUGUCCGUUUCCUGUUGGUCCCUGGAUAUGUGUUUGCAGCAUGGAACUUCCUAGAUACUUUGAGGUCCAAAUCGUUGUUCUGGUUUCUGUUUUUCUCUGUGUGUUUGGUGGCAGCCACUGUCCCACAGAAACUCCUAGAGUUCCGAUAUUUUAUCCUUCCAUAUCUGUUAUAUCGCGUCCACAUCCCUGUUCCAUCUUUACCGAGACUGCUGUUUGAGUUUGGCCUCUACACCGCAGUUAAUGCAGCCACAGUUUAUAUAUUUAUCAAUAAAACAUUUCAGUGGCCUGACAGUAUGGCUGCACAGAGAUUCAUGUGGUGACUUGACUGAUUUGUUAUUUUCACAUUUCUUACACUUAAAGGAGAUUUAACUUAUUUGCCAUUAUUUUCACGAGAGUUCAGUAUAGAUUUAGGCUGAUU